AUACAUACCGUACAAUGUGGGAUUCAGAAUGUGCUGGAACAGUGCUGGGGCACCAAGCAAACUAUAAUGGAAAGAAUGGCAUUUUGGCAAUAGGCUCACUGAUUAUAAUCACUCCUAUGCAACUGCCUCUGCACAGAUACACAAUGUUGUUAUUAUUGAGUUGCAUAAUUGCAUAUCUGUAGAUUGGUGAAGUCCCAGCAGUUGUUGAUCUUUAAUAAGCGCGUGCUUAGCCUAAACAUGAAAACAUCUGCAUGAACAAAAUCUAUUGUUUUCUGCAUUUUGAUUUCUCCCCUCCUGUGUUGAAAGUUCAGUAUAUGCUCCUAUGUACGGAAACCAGCAUUUUAUGAUUACUGUGCAUGCAGUGUGGAUGCGUAAAUAUAAAUAUAUCUUCUACAAUUGCAGGGAACAAGAUGCCUCCUGCUACGAGCACAGACUACUACAAAGAUGUAACAACCUCAGAAUACGUUUAUGAUGAAACAGCAGAACCAUGCCCAAGUGCCAGUGUUAAUGAAUUUGCUUCCCAGUUCCUGCCACCGCUUUACUCUUUGGUGCUCAUAUUUGGCUUGCUGGGCAACUCACUGGUGGUGCUGAUCCUCAUCAGAUACAAGAAGCUCAAGAGCAUGACUGAUAUCUACCUGCUCAAUUUAGCCAUCUCGGACCUGCUUUUCAUCUUCACACUCCCAUUUUGGGCUUAUUACGCAGCGCACGAGUGGGUAUUUGGAGAUGCAAUGUGCAAAAUUCUCUCUGGGAUCUAUUACGUAGGCUUCUACAGCGGAAGUUUUUUCAUAAUCCUUUUGACCAUCGAUCGAUAUCUAGCCAUCGUCCAUGCUGUGUUUGCAUUAAAAGCCCGGACAGUUACCUAUGGCAUCCUCACAAGCGUUGUCAUGUGGGGCGUGGCACUCCUAGCCUCUGUGCCGGUAAUGGUCUUUAACAGAUUACAAAAGGAAGACAAUCGUUCCGUGUGCACUCCUCAUUUUUCUUAUGAAAAUCAGAUUGUCUGGAACCAGUUCUUUACACUGAAAAUGAACCUUAUAGGCCUGAUCUUCCCAAUGAUCGUCAUGACCUUCUGCUAUGCACAGAUCAUAAAGACUCUAAUGAAAUGCAGGAAUGACAAGAAGAGCAAAGCGGUCCGGCUGAUUUUUAUCAUCAUGAUAGUUUACUUCAUUUUUUGGGCCCCAUACAACAUUGUUCUUCUGCUACAGACAUUCCAGGAUGCAUUUGAUCUCAGCAAUUGUGCCUCCAUUAGUAAUUUGGCUAUAGCAGCGCAAGCGACAGAAACAAUAGCAAUGGCUCACUGCUGCAUCAAUCCUGUGAUCUACGCUUUUGCUGGCGAGAAGUUCAGAAAAUAUGUUUGCAGCCUUUUCCGAAAGCAUGUGGCUCUCCACCUUCCAAAAACAUGCCUCUCUCUGUAUACAGAGCCCCUGGAACGUGCCAGUUCUACAUACUCCCAGUCUACUGGGGAGCAUGACAUGUCGGCGGUGUUGUAGUGGCUUUCUAGAGAGAAAAAGUAAAACUUACUUCUGCCGGUGCAACUUACCAGAUCCAUUUGAGCUUUGCAGUCUAAACUCAGUUUAAAAGGGCUGAGUUGCUUCCGACAAAAGCCGCUUUUAUGGCAAGAGAGAAGAUCUGGGUCGGAUGUAUACUGUAAUUGCUUGGCUUACGUCAGCUCACAAGCUGAGUGAUAAACAAAUGUUACAUGCAAGGACACCGGAGAUGUUAUGAACAUCACCAGGGGUUUAAUAUCAAGCACAUCUUAUACGCUGCUCUCUGUUGCCUUUGAAAUGCAUGUGUGUCUUUUUUAAUGCAAAUGUAUGCCAAAUCUAAUCUUAUACGAAUGUCUGCACAAAUUAGCAUGCUAUAUGGAAGUGAGAGCUGGACCAUAAAGAAGGCUGAUCGCUGAAGAAUUGAUGCUUUUGAAUUAUGGUGCUGGAGGAGACU